GGUUGAUGAUAGUGAACAAGUAUUCUGGCCAGCUCCUUUAUCCUUUUGACUAUCUCGCCUUUGAUAGGCCCUAGGUAUAAAUAAGUACUGCUCUGACGAGUGUUUUAUAUUCCAACUAUCCUCCAUCGAACUUGCAUUUCACUCGACGGCACCGCGUCGUCUUUAUCGAUAUCUCCGAGUCAGCGUCGACAGCAUCACGUGAUACGAAGUAACCUUGAUCUUGCAUGAAGAUUUUGUCCAUCAAUAUCUACAGCUGCGUUUUCGUCGACAGUCAUCCAUUCAAUGUCGCUUCCAAAUGAACUCUGGCUUUCAAUUUUCGAAUAUCUACCUUCACAGUCGCUUCGUAAUGUUGUCUUAACCUCGAAGAGGUUUCAUGCAAUCGCCAUUCGUUUUCUCUACAAGCAUCUGAUUCUGACGUCUCCGACAUCGUUUGUAACGGCGUACUCAGCAUUGUCUUCUAUCCAGCCUUUACCGCACGCUCUUCUUCUUGGUAUAUCCCCCAUCGUGGAACGCCCUGUGGAGCAGCUAAAAGAAGCUGUUGCCGUUGUUUCCUUGGCGGAAGGUGACGACUGGACACCUAUUCCCCUUAACCGGCAAACAAAUAGGUAUCGCUUCUUCCAAAUCAAGGAUGCCUACCAACCACGCUUCCUUGCCGACGCUACCGUCUACGAAAAUCUCCUCACCCAAGUCACGUCUUUUGCCUCGCUCAGACAGCUCGUCUUCCGUGGUAUGCUUCUCCCGCGAGAUUUACACUCUAUUCUGCGCGACCUUCCAAACUUGCGUGAUUUAGCAGUCGUGCACUGCACCGUUCACUUCACUGGUGUCUAUAUAGAUGUUGACCACACUUCUCUGAAACUUCAAUCUCUCACCCUCCUCGAUAUCCGCGCUGUAUUCCCAUCUAAUGAUGAUGACACUAAUCCUCGCAAUCCCCGUACCCGUCUACGAAUGCUUGCACAAGUCCCCACUAUCCGCACCCUCGCAUAUGACCACACUGUCUGGUUACAUCGCGUUUUCACACCUUCCUCCCCGCCUCCCCCACUCACUGCUCUCGACAUAAAGUUCCCCAUCCAUAAAGACCGUUCCAGGGUUCCGCCAGGUUUCAUCUCAUUCCUUGAAACUCUUCCCUCCCUCCGCACUCUCAUCUUGCGAAACCACGUUCCUGCCCUUUUAUUGUCACCAAGGGCUCUUCCAGCCCUCUGUGCUAUUUCUGCACCUUUAUCUAUCAUCUCUUCUAUCUGUUCUGGACGCAGCAUCAUCAAACUUGAUAUCCGCGACGAGGCCGUGCUCACGCCACUCUACCAAGUAUUUGUAGAAGCGCAUUCUCACUUGUCGAGGGUACAAGAGCUCUCCCUAUUUAUAGGGGACUGGGAUGACGAAGUUGUGCUGGCCAUUGUCGCGCGUUUUCCUAAUUUAACUAAGUUACAAAUCAGGUAUGCAAGAGGAGGUCCAAGCGAGGAUACUAUACUCGGUAUGGGUUCGCGUACACUGUAUGCUCUUCCGCACCUCGUAUCCGCACAUAUCUUCCGCAUCCCUCUUCCCCCGCCCCCUCAAAGUGUCCUUGAGGCAAGGAAGCGUGAUGACGACACAAUAUAUGGCGCCCCUGGUAUCGGUGAUACUUACUUCGAGAGCAUGCAUGACAUCGAUACAGUCACGGAUACGCUGAUGGAGGGUGUUCUCAGCCUGCAGCAGCUGCCUUUCUCCCAAGACAUCAGCGUAGACUUUAUGGAUGAGCAAGAACCCCGAACGUCGGAGCCAUUUGACGAGUACACUCGCGAACUUAUCAUCGCAUGGAACCGUACUUGUCCUGGACUUCGCACUGUUCAGCUACACCCGGGGUGGGUGUGGCGGCGCGCGGACCGUAUUGACCACUGGGUAGCGAGGCCGUGUGAAUCGGGCAUUUGGGGCGAUGUAUUUGGGUAGAUCGUCGGUGCAGAGCGUCUGGGGGUUGAACCAAGAUGACAAAGUGAGUACGGAGAUGAAUAAAAGAGGGAAACAGAUUGAAUGUGAUACUACCAAGGAAUCCUCGAACAGAUAUAUCUACACAGAAGGUGGCACUCGGCGAUUUUUUGUAUCAUUUCGGAGGUAGUUUUUUAUAUUCAUAUUUGAGUACCCGAAGGAAAAUUUUGUAGGUUGUAUUUGUAGGUUUUUUGUCGUCUGCGAGGGGAGUCUAUUUGCACAUUUCCUUCUGUAUUAGAGGUAUUAUGUGAAGCUUGUUAUUGUACUGUAUUUUUUAUGCAGUGUUCUUCCUGACUA